AUGCUCUAUUCACAAUCCUACCGAAGGAAGGAAACGGCGUGUGCCAAGAAUAAAGAACCGAAACCUGGUUGCUUUCGUAAUGUUUUUGCUGUUUUGUUUCGUUCUUCAAGAUGGCGACAAGCUUCAAAGUGCAAACUCUAUAUCGAGAGUCUACAACGUUCUGUUGAGGUUCAUCGGAGACGAAGAGAGUGUAUGGUUAAACAGUCCCGGUCCGAUAUUGAUAAUCUCCUUCUUAAUGAUCGCUUACUCGAAGCACUUCCUAAGACGAAGCAUUUCUAUGAGGACGAGAAAAGGUUAUCAGCUUACGAUCAGGUCGAGUACUUCUGCACAUCCAUAUUACGGAAUUUUUCUCUUUUAAAUCGUCAAAGCGAUGUUCAUCUCUUACCAAAUGAAACUAAAGAAGCAAUGGCCGGACUGAUAUUUGUCGCAUCAAGAAUCGGCGGCGAGCUUAAGGAGCUUCAAAUCAUAAGGAGCUUGUUUGUUAAAAGAUUUGGGCUUGAGUUUGACAAAGAUUGUGUAGAUUUGCGUCCAGGACACUUAAUUUGA